AUGACUAAUACUAGCGGUGGAGCAAUUCCCAUACAUCCUGAGUUUGAGGGCUCUACAAGCAAUGUGAUCGAGAAACCAACAGUAACCGUUUUCAUAAAUAACAACUUAACCGAUGGCUUACAGCUCGGUGUUAAAUGUAAAGAUAAAACUCAUGAUAUUGGGUAUAAAGUAAUUAAGUUUGGAGAAGAUUACAUCUUCAGCUUAAGGCCUAAUUUCUUUUUAGAUUUAACCUUAUACUUUUGUUCAUUUACAUGGAUCAAUGGUUUUCAUUAUUUUGACAUUUAUGAUCAGCAACGAGAUCAAAAUAAUUGCGUUCAUGAAUGUCAUUGGAAAAUAAAUGCUAAUGGACCAUGUAAGAUCAAAAAGGAUUCUAUACAAUGUUUUCCAUGGAAAUCGUUGAAAUACAGUGAAGAGAAGAAAUCUCUUAAUGUGUAA